AUGGGAUGGAGGAGAUGGAACAGCACUGAUGAAGGUUUAUAUAAUCAAAGAGCUGAUCUUGCUUGGGGACCCUUCUGCACAAAGAAGACUUUUCUGGACCGCAGCAUCAGCUUAUACAGUGUGCUUGCCAGCGACUUGUUGUUUAAGGGAGUCAUGGCAGAAUUUUUGAAUGCUGAUCGGCAUAGGGUUUUGCUUGUUUCCAAACAUAUGUUCAAACAGUGCUCAAUUAUGAUGAGUGAGGCAGUUCUUAGAAACCCAAGUACCAAUCAAGUUGGAUGGAUGUCAUGGACUCAUGGGGCACGUUUCAUUGACACUGUUGUUUCAGAUUCAGGCAAGGUAGAAUAUGAGGGAAGUUCCUACUGACCACAAAUAUAUUUAUCCUUCUGCUUGAAGUGACAAAGCUAGUUUUGCUGAGAGUUGAUGAAUGGAAGGCAAAAUCUCAGUUUUGGUGCUCAUAUUGGAGACAUAAGAGUGCUAAAAAUUGUUCAUGAGAAUUUAUGUGGUCCUUUCUGUACCCGGGCUUGUAGAAAGACUGGUUAAAAGUUAGUUAAUGAUCAAAUCAGAAG